CGAGACUUAGUAUUUUGACUUAGCCAUUUGAAGCAGCAUCUGUUGGUUCAUAGUUGGAAGUAGUAUUUUGUUCUUAGCCGAGGGUUUGGCAGCACUGAUGAUAAUAGUAAUAUGACGAUAAUCUGUGUUGUGUACCUACCGGUUGAGUGUUUACUUGCUAGGCAACCAAUUUAACCCUCAAACUGGUUGCUAUAGCUUGAUCAUUUGGCGUCCAUUGUGGUUUUGAUAGUUCGUUUGUAAUGAGAAAGCAGCCCCGACGGUGUGAUAAAGUAUCCUCUGCCCCGGCAUCUGUUUUUACCGAUUAACCUUGAUAGCAUUAUAACGAACAUUUUCAGCGAGCAAUGGACAGAUUUGUUGUAAGACAACCCAAAAAUGAGCCCAAAAAGCAAACGACCACCCAUGGGAAAGUGUACAGACAAGCAACAAUAGAGUCUUUGAGGAGAGUGGUCGUGAUUGAGGAUAUUGAGCGUUUUAAGUCCAUGCUGGAGCUGCCAGGACAAACGAAGGAGAACAUGCUGCUGGCCUUGACGGAGCUAAACAAGAAAGUGCCAUCUAAGGAAGUACUCAGAUCUACCAGGAUCGGUCACACGGUGAAUAAGGUCCGCAAACAUUCAGAUCCUGAAGUGAGCGCACUGGCGCGAGAAGUCUACAGCCUUUGGAAGACCUUCAUUGAGGAGAAUGCAAACAAGCCCUCCAUUGAGGUGCGGUGUGACAAGCAGACAGAGGGACUAAGGAAUAAUGCCAGAAAGCUCCUGGCGGAAGCCAUGGACCUGGAGGCAGACCACACCCUGAUUGAGAACAUUGAAAGAGAGGUGUUCCACCAAAGCUCCCGCCUCAUCAGCGGUGCUUACAGACGGACUGUGAGGGCACUUGUCUUUGCAUUGAAACACAAGCCAGAGAUCCGUGCACAAGUCAAAGACAGCAAGCUGUCAGUCGACCAGCUGGUCACCAGCCACAAAAAAUAACUAUGGUACCAAAGCAUAAACAAAGAGAUUGUUGGGGGGAAAAACUAUGGAUUUUAUUGAAGCUGGACUUCAGUUGUGAUAGAGGUGUUUUUCAUUCAUUCAGAAUGGCCUCUGAGGACAUUCUAAGUGGUUUUAAAAAGAAAUUGUGUUGUAACAUGUUUUAACUAUUCAAUAAAUUUAUAAUAAAUAUUCAUUAUCUCUGA